AUGCAUCCCCUGUUUGCUUGUUCCUUGAAAAUUUCCCAGGCAGCAUUAGACUACGAAUGGCACGGAACGAACUGCGAGGGCACGGGGGUGGCGCUCUCGUUCCAAGGAGUCGAAUCGCAGUGGCAACCAUCGAAGAUGGACCAGGAGGGGAGGGCAGACAGCAGUGAGACUUCUGCCCCCAAUCUUAUGGUGCCCACAAAAAUAACAGCACCAGGUUGGAUCGAAGCAUACCAUAACGAUGAAGUGGAUAUCUUUGACCGUGACAGCCGCAGGGGUGACACCUCUCCCCAGACCAAGUGGUUGGACCCACUCAAGCCGCAAACGCACCGACAAUCGGACAAGCACCAGUGCAGCUUCUGUCCUCACUCAAGCUAUUCCGCAACGGCUGUAGCCAUCCACGAGAAGACUCACACUGGCGAGAGGUCCUCGAGUUGCGGCGUCUGCAAGAAAACGUUCACGAAUAAGAGUAACUUGGUAGCUCACGUUAGAAUUCACACCGGAGAGAAGCCGUUCAAGUGCAACACGUGCAGCAGGGCUUUUACUCAGAAAUGCAACUUGGUGGAUCACGAAAAAAUUCAUACAGGUGAGAAGCCGUUCAAGUGCAACACGUGCAGCAGGGCGUUUAUUCAGAAAAGCAAAUUGGCAAAUCAUGAGAGGACUCACACCAGAGAGAAGCCGUACAGGUGUGAGACCUGCAGCAGAGCGUUUGCGUCUAAUAGCUAUUUACACAAUCAUCGGAAGAUACAUCGCAAGUGAUUGAAACCAUCACGUGUGUUAUAGCUGUGGAGGGGUUUAAACGAAAUACUCUAGCUCCUACGUGUGUUCACUUCGUUUUGCGAUAGACCUGCAAAGGUUCUGCGCGUGAGCAGUGCAGGUUUUUGCUUGGCUCAAAAUUUUUGAGCUUGUUAUUUAUUGUGUAAUCACAAAUAAAAAUGUCAAUUUUCCUUAGAAGAAGAGAGCAAGGUUCUUUUUUUGUGCAAAAAAGGAAAACUACUGGAAGCACUUUUUUUUAUUAAUUUAGAGUUCUUAAUCACAUGCUACACCUGCAGUCUCUGGGUUGUCUGUAGGUUCACUUAUGUUGCUUACAGGUUGGCCUGCUAAUAAACAAAAAUAUACGAAAAAUUAAAAUAAC